CACCGCUUGUGGCUUGUCGACCGCCGCCCCAGCCACAGAACGUGGCCCGUGCGCCCCGCCCCGCGAAAAGCUGGCGCACACAAAACGAAAAUCCCAAAAUCUCUCCCAAAUCGCAACUCCCGCUGCUUCAAGACCCUGUCCCCCCAACAGUCCCGUCGAACCACCGCCAAAAUGCCUAAGGAGGUCGCUGAUAUCAAGAAGUUCAUCGAGAUCUGCCGUCGGAAGGACGCUUCCUCCGCGCGGAUCAAGAAGAACAAGAAGGCCAACAACGUCAAGUUCAAGGUCCGCUGCCAGAAGCACCUGUACACCCUGGUGCUCAAGGACACCGAGAAGGCCGAGAAGUUGAAGCAGAGCCUGCCUCCCAACCUGCACAUCGCCGACGUCUCCGCCAAGAAGAACUAGAGGAACCGACGACAUGCGGUAGCAGCGGGCGGAAAAUAGGCGGGAGGGUGAUUUGGGGCGUGGGAGGAAAAACCAAACAUGCACGAAUAGGCGUCUCGGGAUACCUUGCAUUUCAUGUUCUCAGAACGCGCUCUCGAAUAGAGUUGAAAAGAACGAUUUUGAGGC